UGAAUCUCUUUGACUAUCAUAACAUUUUUGUUGUCUCUUUACAAACAUUUUCUAGAAAUUAUUUAGCAAAAUGUCCGACGCACAGUUUGGUGUGCUCCACGUAAUUGGUGCUCCGGUGGCCACGACGCGGCUAUCGGAGCAGGCGAUCGUCUGCGUACCCCCCAGGUCCGCUAAAUUCACUGUCGCAGAGUGGAAACUCAACAACGACGCAAGAAACAGAAACGCCGAAGACCAGGCUCAACUCGCCGACAGGAUCCUUAAAGAAUGUGAGAGAGUCCGCGACCAAACAAAAGAAAGUGCGAAACUCUUAAAAGAAACCACGGACCGGCGCAUAGAAGAACGAAUUGGUGAUGUCGAGUUCAAUAAAGGAGAGUUGAAAGUACAAAGAAAAGAGAUUGUCAAUGAGCUAGAAGCUUUAAGUAUGUACAAGACCCGGCUGCAAGACUGCUUAGCUUCACUGCAAACGAAUGCUCUUACGAUCUGUAGAAAAUGCCUCAUGUUGAGAGACGGCCGGUUAGGAAUCGAUUUGGCUGUCGAUAAUGUAGAAGAUGCACUGCAAAAUGAAAUAACUACAAUCCUCGGGGGCCAAAGUCUUUUGAAACGAGCUUUAGAGCAGUUGAACGAACAGAUGCGACGAUUGCGUUCCGUUCGGUACCUACUAGAUCGCGAUUUACAGUACAAGCAAGCUGCCAUCGAUUCCGAUAAAGGGUCACUCACGUUAAAACCAACUGAUUUAUGCCUGUCCAUUUAUGAAGGCUAUUCCAAUCUCGACCCUGCUGAUAUUUCAGCUGAAGAGUACAAUGCGUACUCCGCGAAGAACAUACAGCAGGCGGCACGAGAAGUGUCUUCCGCUCGGCCCAUACGCGUAUUCAUUGAUACUUUACUCAAACAAGUUAUUGAUGAUUUAUGGACAGCCUAUAACAAAUGCAACCACGAAUUCAAUGAGCGUAUUAAAGAGACUCAUAUUGCAAAAGGGAGGCUGGAGGAGAUGCAUCAUGAGACGGCGACGAAAAUUUGUGAAAUGCAGGAUAAUAUUUUAGAGUUGCAAAAGGCUCUAGCUGAAAAGGAGGGGUACAUAGGUUUGGCGCACACGAGACUUGGUAGGAGGUCUCAGAGAGUAGGCGCUGAGUUGGUGAAAGAUCCUCCGGGGCAGUCCCUGUUCUACGAGUGUGAGAGCCUCCGGCACAGCGUGGAGCAGCUCCAGCAGAUGCUACAGGAAGCCACGGCCUCUCUGCGCUAUUUGCUGCAGACACAAAUCCAAUUGGAAGAAGAUAUCAACGUCAAGAUGAAUACUUUGAAGAUUGAUGAGGUGGAUUGCAUGACUUUGAGAGCUACUAUGGACUAUCAUUUCUACUAAGUAUGCCAAUUGCUUGAUUGCAUUUGUUUUUUUCAGUAUCAUAUUCAUAGUAUUCAUAUUAAUUUAUUUAUAAUAGGUAUCAUUCAUAUUACGAGUCAAUUUAUUAUUAGGUACAGCAUAUAUUAUAGUUAUUUAUCUAUUUAAUUUAUUUAUUUACUAUCGACGGCAGAGUUAAUAUUCCUAGUUCUUUGAAAUAUGGUCUUACUGAGGUUUCCUUUGCUACCUGGACCACAUAUCUUAUGGCUCUUUUUUGUAAUAUGGGAGUUUUAGUAAAAUAUGGGAGUUUAUCAAAAAUUCGGGUUGAGUAAUUCGUAAAUAACAAUGUCUUUCUUUGAAAUGACUAUUUUACUGGGAAAUUACUACAAAUAGUUCCGAAAUAAACUUAGAAAUAGUACAUUUAUUUUAGAAUUUUUUUAUGAAGGCAAAUUGAUAACAAAACAUCUAUUAGGUACCAUUUUUAUACUUCAUGGAAACAAUAAGUAUUUCCGCAAAUAUGAACGUGAUUUCCAUGUAUGUACUUAUACGCGUGGGUAUUAUUGUGAAACAUCUGAAAUUCUGUAACGAGUAAUGUAUGAGUUACUUACUCGUUAACUUAUGCAAUCGGAAAUGGGAAAAACUUUAUGCCACGUAUUCUUAGCUAGAGCGUGUAUAAUUUUUUUAAUUUUA